CGACGAGCUUAUAAAUUACUCCCGAUCGAUUGGUAAUCUCAAUUUUGCAUAUAAUAAUUUUUUUUGUUAAAAAAGAAAUGUCAUCGUUGAGCUUCCGCAAUUUUCAAAACCGCGUUUCAAGAAAACCCUACUCCUUUACUACUAAAUCAACCAAAAAUGAUCAUCGUGAAACAAAGAAUAUUAGUACUAAUAGUAGUAUUUCCCAUCCCAAAUAUGCGGAAGAAAUGAGAAGUGUGUUUAACAAGUUCGACACAAAUAAGGAUGGGAAGAUCUCCGAGGAAGAGUUCAAGUCAGCUCUGCGCGCGAUGAGCGGAGGAGCUAGGAAUACUAAUAAUAAUAACGUUGCUAAGAGCUCCGACGUCGAAAAGGCGUUUCGGGCGGCGGAUUUGGACGGAGAUGGAUUCAUCGACUUUGAGGAGUUCCUGAAGGUGCAAAAUGAGGAAGGAGGAGUGAAGAAGGAGAUGGAAACCGCCUUUAAAGUGUUCGAUUUGGAUGGGAAUGGGAAGAUAAGCGCGGAGGAGUUGGUUGAAGUGAUGAGAAGGCUUGGAGAAAAGUCGGAUUUGGAAGGAUGUCGAAGAUUGAUCAAAGGUGUUGAUUCUGAUGGGGAUGGAUCCGUUAACUUGAAUGAGUUUAUGGUCAUGAUGACCCGCUCCACCAAGCUUUAGUUUUUUUUAGUUUUAUUUUCCCUUCUGUUUUUCUUUGGCUUUUGUAUGAUGCUUCUACGUGGUUAAUUGGUUAUAUCAAUUUGCUGCCCCUUCACUACCAUUUUCUUCCUCUGUUUGGGUUAUUGCAAAUAGAGAUAGAUAAAUCGCACUGAACAGACUAGACUGAUUCGAACUCUUUCUUCACUUGAAAUAAAAAUCAUGUACCUUAGUAAAGCAAAACUCUUAUUUUGAUUAAAAAAAAAAUUAUGUUUCAGAACCCUAGUUACCAGUAUAUUUCACCAUCGAUCAAGUGUGUUUUAGCGUUCAUUUCUUCUUUCAUACGUUUUGUUUUUUUUUUUUUUUAUAAAGAUGAAAUUUCAUUUUAG